AUGGCUAAUUCGGAUACAGUUCACCGAUCAUCGGAUGACAGUUCGGCUUAUGACGACUGUUUGGAUCAACAAAGGAAAUUCCGAGAAGAUACAGAAGGCAUCAUUCAAACACAAGAUUUAUUAUGUCAAAAACUGAAAUCAUUAAUCUCACAACUAUCUGCUGACGUGAUAUUCGAUUUAAUCAAAGAGUUGCAUGAAUUCAAAGUUAAAUCCGAUCAGAUCGAACAGACAGCAACGGCAGUGCAACACCAGUUACAACACCUAAUCAAUGAUGACACACAAGAUUUGAAAGGGCAACUGAUGGCCAUAUCAAAUGCUUUCAAUCCGGAAUUGAAUGAUCAUUUAGAGAACGAUAUCGAACAUUUAAAAGAAGACGUUGAGCAAUUAAAACUCUUGUUCGAAGAAAUCAAACAUCAUAGCCGUCGAAGACGACAAUCACACUCACAACCAUCGACACGUACUAUGGAUUCACUACAGUCGACUGGACAAAAUUGCUUACUAUCCCUUGCAGGCCUUCCGAAAGAAAGCAUUACGCCACAAACGACUGCUCACACAACGUUAUCUAAUUUACUCGUCAGACAAAUCAGUCCGUCGAUUAUCGAUCUAAACGAGAAUGAUUUUGAUAUUAGUGAAGAACGUCCGGAGGAGAAAGUGAUUGAAAUUAAUAGUUCUGAACAAGCACCAAAAAUUAGCCAUAAAAUUCGUCUUUCGAAUAAUAUUGUUAAAUGGCUACGCGGUCCAUUGAAAUUCGCAGUAGACGGUACAUUUUAUGUCGUUGAUCUAUUUGCACGAAACACGCAUAUUAGUGAAAGUGUUGUUAAAGCAGUGAAACAAGGCGCUGCGAAACAAAAUCAAUUCACAUCAACAGAACACCCGAGCGAUGAAUUAUUCAGAUCACCCUUCAUUGAAAUUACACCUGACUGGAAAUAUGCUGGUGCGAAUGAUGAUCAAGGUUAUAGUAGUGAUUCCUUUUGGAUAAAAGAUCCACAAAAUCAACGACUUCUGGUGAAAAUACAAGAUCAUGCUCUGUGUGCUGUCAAUGAAUGGUUAGCUUAUGUCUUGGGAAAACUACUCGGUUUACCUAUAAAUGAAGUGCAGAUUGCAAUCUAUGAAGAUAAACUUGUAAGUCUACACAAAGAUGUUGCCGAAGAAGACGAACAAACACUGACUUAUAUGGAUUUACCAAAGAAAAUCCAGCAGAUUGUUAUUACUGAUCCAUUAUUAGAGGGCAUGGAUCUAUUCGAUCACAUUAUACAAAAUGUUGAUCGAAAUCCACGAAAUAUUCUGAUCACCAUACCAAAAGAUACUUCGGUCGAAGAGGAAAAUGUGAAAUUAAAAAUACAUCUCAUCGACCAUUCUCCAUGCUUUGGAAUGGGCAAACUCAAUGGUCUCAGUGUUUUCGCUAACAAAUUCCAUAGUCAACAUCUAGCAGUGGUCAAAUUCGAUCCAAUUGGUCAAGCGAAGAAGUUUGAACAAUAUCUAUGCAAAUUACCUAUAGAAGAUCGUGCGUUGAUUGCAAAAACGCUAAAUCGUUUUGCAUCUGUUACUGACGAACAAAUCGAUUGGUUGAUAACCGAAGUGCAAGAUUUAUUAUCAACUAGUCAAUACAAUCGUAUUCACAGUGUUUUAUAUCGACAACGUGAUAUUGCAAGACGCUAUAUAAAACAAUGGGGGAUUGAACCUCGAUCUACAAGUAUUCGCCCACAAAAAACAGAAGAAGAAGAAGAAGAAGAGGAGGAUACUCGUCUCUAA